AUGGCCCUGGCAAAGGUGUCUCCCAACCAUCCAGAUGAUCAGCACAUCCAGGAUGGUAAUAAUCGUUUAUCGCAUCCACCCUGGAAUUCGGCAUCCCCUCUUUCGUCACAAACCCCGGUUCCAAAGUCACCCUUCUCCGACUCUGCCCCGCCAGACCUAGAUUAUGUACCCUCCUCCUCUGUAGCGAAUAAUGAAGCAUCUAACGCGUGUAUUCAGGAAUCAAUAUGUCAUCCGGCUACUGGAGACAUUGCCCUAUCGUCGCAGCCUGAUGCAUUAGCUAGUCAGCUUCUGGACCAGCCCGGCCAGUUUGACAGAGGCGCACAAAUAUUGGAUUCUUCUCUUGAAGAUCCCGAGAAAGAAAACGAGGUUGUUUCUAGUCUUGAUUCGAAACUCGAAAUUUCCAUGAGGUCUUCUAUUCAGGAUGGGUUGAUGCAUACUACCAGGCUUGGCCAGCUUCGUCUAAAUAAUCCGUUUUUGAAGGCUAGGCAAAAUGGCGGUGGCCCUCGGAAAAGUUCCAUCUCUGGCCCGGACCCGUUUGAAUUUCCACAAUCCAGCAGUUCGGAUGGCCGUCAAGAGGGUGACCUUAAAGCUGGCCCGCAAGUAAUAGAAACUGUGAGUCCGCUUCUAGAGAAAGGGAAGGAGCCAUUAACCGACACGGCCCCAUCUAUAACCAUCCAAUCAUCAGACCCAUAUUAUCAAUUAGACAGAGCGGAUCGGAUCAUUCAGAAUUUUCAGCUGGCCAAUUUCAGUGAACCGAGUUCUUCAAAAGAAAUCAAACCAAACGAAAGUACCAAAACGGAUGUACCUCCCAUGAACAGUUUAUUUGAUCCACAUGUUGAAGGCCAAUCAAAUGAGACUCUAUCCAAUCCGGAUGAGCGGAGUUCAUCGACCUCGAAGCCCGCGACUCCAGACGCUACAAUUGAUCUGCGACAACCGCCGCUAUCACAUCCAGACAAAUCUGGACAACCUAUGCCUGUACUGCAGAAAAAGCUAUCUGAAACCUAUGAUAUUCGCCAGAUUAACUGGACGGAUGGGAUUACUAGUUCUCGAAAAUCUCCCGUUUUGGUACAGACCGAAAACGGCCCAUGCCCCCUUCUGGCCCUCGUCAAUGGACUAGUACUGCGGAGCAGCGCGGAUUCGCCGUCGCCUGUUGUAAAAGCCCUUCAGUUACGGGAGAAAAUUUCGUUAGGAUUGUUAAUGCAAGCGCUGUUCGAUGAUAUUACUUCACACAUAGAUAAAGCUGAAAAACUUCCGGAUAUCGAGGCCCUGAGUUCCUUUCUUGUCAUGCUACAUACAGGUAUGAAUGUAAACCCACGGUUGGUUUUGCAAAACGAUAUCUCUGAUUUACCUGGGAGCUUUCUCGAGACCACUGAUACUAUGCUGUAUGGUAGCUUUAAGUUACCGCUAGUUCAUGGCUGGCUCGCGGAACCAUUCUCUGCAGCAUAUGCAGCGCUAAACCGUGUCGCUCAAAGCCAUGAAGAUAUUCAGUUACUGCACUUUCGGAAAGAAGAACUGGAACACCGCGUCGUUCAUGGGAAAUGUCUCACGGCUGACGAGGAGAAGUUAAUAGAAGAUAUCGACACAAUCCAUCAUUUCGUUAACGUUGAAAAUGCUACCCAGCUGAGUAUCUUCGGUCUGGAGCAUCUCCAGAGAUGUCUGAAGCCCGGAUCUAUGUCUAUUCUCUUUCGAAAUGAUCAUUUCUCUACACUCUUCAAACAUCCACUAUCGAACCAACUUUUUACGCUUGUAACCGAUGCUGGAUACGCUGGCCACGAAGAUAUCGUGUGGGAAAGCCUGGUUGAUGUCGACGGAGCUAAUUCUAGCUUCUUUUCUGGGGAUUUUCAACCCGUUGGAAAUUCUCCACAGCCUGUAGCUCUACUUCAACAGCCUACCCAAAACGACCUGGCGACAUCAAGUGAAUCAACUCAAAGAAAUAACUUAAAUGGGACUAUUGGAAAAAAAAUUAACAAUACGGAGCAAACAGACGCAGACUACGCUCUUGCUUUGGCCCUUCAGUUUCAGGACGAGGAAGAGCACCGACGUACAACUCCACGUAACCAAGCACAAAUUAAGACUUCACGUUUUCCAUCGUCACAAUCUCAGGGAGUUACACACCGCCCCAGCAGCAGUUCAAACUUUCGCCAACAACAAUUAAGCUCGCCCGCCAGUCGUCGUGCACCCCAACCACACGAAAUUCGAUCACUUAUCCCGCCAGCCCGGACCCCGGCGGCCAACCUCAUCUCUGACGCGCCACCGCCAACAUACGAACAGGCUGCCAGCAAUCCAGCAUAUACCCUUUCCCCGGACCAUUCGCAGUAUCGCGGCUCCCGGAUCAGCAGCCCCAGUAUAGUUGGACCAAGAUCCUCAAGCUCUGGAUUCAAUAAUAAUAACCUAGCACCAAACCGAGCUGGCAACACACGUGCUGACGAAUCGCCCAAUCCCGCUCUUCCCCCUCGCCCUCGUGAUAGAGAUAGAAGCAGAGAUUGCACAGUAAUGUGA